AUGGAAGGGUUUGACUUCAGUUCUUGGCGCAUGGGAAUUCCAUCGCCGCGCGACACGUUUCCGAAAGGCAUGAGUCUCCCACGGAUGAGCGCCUUUACCCCUACUCGGCCCUCCAGCAGGCGGGUCACUCUUAGGAUCUAUAGCAGGCUCAGGGUCAAACAAUUUGGAUGGGAUGACAUCCUUAUCUCCCUCGCCAUGGCAAGGAAGAUACCCGAAGUUCAUGCAAGCAUGCGGACGGCAUAUCUCGGUGUCCACGUCUACGAUAUCCCAAGAGCAGCCAAUCUAAGCGAUGGCAUGAUGUGGAACUACGUCAUCCAGAUCCUCUACAACCCGAUCCUAGCCCUAGUAAAGGGCUCUGUCCUGCUCUUCAUACUCCGGAUUGGUGGUCAUCGGCGGUCCAUACGGUACUCCAUCCAUGUUCUGAACAUUUUCAAUUCGGGACUGGCUGUUGGGAUAUUCAUCACUGUCAUAUUCCAGUGCAAACCCAUCCCCUAUUUUUGGGAGCGAGUCACGGACUCCACACUGAAAGGAACCUGCGUCGACACGGGCGCUUUCUAUGUAUCCACUGCGGCGCUUACCAUCCUCACUGAUCUACUGGUCCUCGCGUUGCCUAGACUCAAGUUUGCGUUGAUGAGCGUGUUCCUUCUGGGAGCUGUAGUGACCGUAAUUAGUACGCUACGCCUGGUAUGGUUGGUUGGAACAUCUUUAUUUCCCCCGCCAGAGGACUUCACCUACAAUAUUCGGUUCACCUACUCGGCCGUCGAAACCAACCUAGCCAUAAUGGCGGCCUCAGGACCUGCUCUGAGGCCAUUAUUCACGCAAUACGGCCCUGGUGGAGAGGGGAUGUCGGGUGACAGGAGUAGGAAGUUGCGCACAAAUGGAUCAAGGCACCAGUUUCAGUACGGGAUGUCGUCUUUCGUGAUGAAGGAUAUGAAGAGACAAACGACUGGGGAAAAUUCACCUACUGCUAGUAAGGAGGAGAUACUGGCACAUGGUGGCAUUGUUCAGACAACCGAGGUUGAUGUGGAGUAUGGGAAGAAGCCAUCAUCCACACAAAUUGAUGAUGAUGGGAUGGCGAGAGAUGGAUACUGA